ACAAUAACAAUGAUUUGUUUUCAGUAACAAAUUUCAAGCGCCUAUAUCUUUAUUAUUUGUUUGUAUCUAGAUGAAGUAUAUACACAUAACAUAAAAGCGAAAAGCAAGUUGGCUAUAGCAAGCAGAUAAGAUGACAAAGAAAGACCUUACAGCAAGAGAGAAGAUCAUACUUCAGGAAAUACAAAAACGAAAAGAUUGUUUGCUGAAGGAGAUUCAGCAAAUUAAUGAUGAAAUUGCUGAAAUAUCAAAAGAAAUUGAAAUAAUGGAUCAAGCUGAUGAUCUUGACCCGCAAAGCUCAAAAGAGAAGUUACUGGCUUUGGGAAGAAAGAAAUUUAAUAUAAAUAUGGGAAAAGGCUUGGAGUAUCUUUAUAAAAACAAAUUAUUGAACAACACCCCUGAAGAUGUGGCAAGAUUUUUGUUUAAAAAUGAUGGGCUAAAUAAAAUAAAAAUUGGAGAAUAUCUUGGAGAAAAUCAACCAAUGCAACUACAAGUAUUAAAAGAGUUUGUUGCUUUACAUGAUUUUGAAAACAAAAGUUUGGAUGCUGCUCUUAGGGACUUUCUUUGGAGUUUUCGUUUACCUGGUGAAGCACAGAAAAUUGAUCGUAUGAUGGAAGCAUUUGCCACUCAAUAUUGUGCGUGUAAUCCUGAUCAGUUCAAAACUGUCGAUACGUGCUAUGUAUUAAGUUUUUCAAUCAUAAUGUUGAACACUACAUUACAUAACCCUGCUGUAAAAGACAAGAUGACAGUAGAUGGAUUUGUCAAUAUGAACAGAGGAAUUAAUGAUGGUGGUGACAUCCCAAGAGAAACUAUGGAGGAGUUGUUUAACAAUAUAUUAACAAUACCAUUUGAAAUUCCUGGAAAUGAUGGUACUGACUUGACACAAACAUUUUUUAAUCCCGAAAGGGAAGGCAUGCUGACAAAAGAAGGUGGCAUUCACCGCACAUGGAAACCACGUUAUUUCAUCCUAAAAGAUAAUUGUCUCUUUUACUUUCGCAACAAAGGUGACAAGGAACCAACUGGUAUUAUCCCAUUAGAAAAUUUGCAAGUGCGUGAAAAUACUGAGAUUCGAAGAAAGUAUUGUUUUGAAAUUUAUUCUCCUGGUGGUGCUAUCAUCAAAGCAUGUAAGACAGAAUCAGAUGGAAAAGUUGUGACAGGCCAUCAUGAUAUAUACCGCAUUUGUGCUUCGAGUGCAGAAGAAAGGGAUGACUGGAUAAAAAGUAUAAAGAACAGCAUCACAAGAGAUCCUUUCUACGACAUGCUGCAAGCAAGAAAAAAAAAGGCCACUCAUAUGCAACCGUGAUUAUGAUAAUUUAUGUGUAAUUUAUUCCAAACAACCUGAAAGUUUGCAACAAAUGCAACAUAUACAGUGAAAACAGUCAUAGUAAAAUUCCUCUUUUUUACUAUACACGUACAAGCCUCAGUCGUCUUCUGCAUAAAGCAAAAGGAAAUAUGUUGUUGUGAGUUUUCUUGUCGUAUGAUAAACGUAAGUGAUUAAUUAAUGCUGGAUGAAUUAAUGCAUCAUUUAAUUUGGCGAUUUAUUGGAGAAAUGUUUUAUGAAAUUUAUUUUUGUGGAUUUGGUCUCUGUAAAUAUACAUUUAUGGAAUUUGUUUUGCGAAUAUCAAACAAAUCGUAUCUUUCCGUGAGUGAGCGGUUUUUAGGAGAAUCUUCAACGAGGAAUGAAGAAAUGAAAUUUUCGUUCGGAUUUUGCGGAAUUUAUUUAAGCGCAUUGUGUCUCGAAAACUUGUUUCCCGCUAGAUAUUCACUUCAGCAUUAAUUGUUUCUGUGCGUUUUUGGUUUUUUCUUCGUCACUUUUUUAAUGAUUUUUUUAUUUAUAUUUCUUUUCUUUUUAAUUUUUUUUUUUUUUUUGUAAUUUUUUAAAGCCUAUAUUCAUCAAUCACCGGUUGUUUCUACACGUUAUAAAUUGCGGCCGAGAGAAGCAAAUAACCUCGAUUAUCUAAAAGAUUCUGAACAUUUGUUCACAUAAAUUGUGUCUUUUUGAAUUUGUAUGACAUUUUUUGUAAGAGUAUAGUAUGUAAUAAUUCCUUUUAACAUUCUCUUUAAAUAUCUUAAAUGCUCGGAUUAGCGCCCUCUCCCGAUUAACCGCCUAUAUGGAUUAUGCGCCCCGGAGCGUCUAUGCUUUUAUUAGGGCAUCUAAUUGAGUUUGAUAAUUCCGCUUGAUUUUGAUUAGGUAUAGUUGAUUCUACUGUAAAUUCAUGUGUUUGUUUCAUGAAGUGAAAGGAAUGGAAAAAUCAUUACGAGGAGUGAUUUUGAAGUACCCGCCCUGCAUAAUUGAAUAUUUACAGAUGCAUAAUACAAAAUUUUCUGUUCAACAUUAAAUUAAACAUGAAAUUAAAAGAGUUACAAAUUGAAGUAACCCACCUUUUUACACUCAUUUGUAUACGCAUCUUUUUACAACAUCGUCUUCUGCGUGCAUAUCUUAUAUAUGCUUUUCUAUUCAUUAUAUAUGCUUUAAUAGAUAUAUAUUAUAUAGUGUGAUAUAUAUAAAUAAGAAUAAUUUACAAGGAUUGACAAGUACAUCUAUAUUACUUAUGUUUUUAAAAACUAGUCGCAUAUAAAUAAAGAUUUUCACUCCAGGCUACAUUAUAACAAGCAGUAUUUGUAUAUAUUUAUUUGGGUGUGUGUUUAUAGAAAAUAUAGCAAAUUAAUUUUUUUUGA